UUUCAGACUUCAUCAUUCAUAUCACUUCAGUGUUUGGCUUUGAUCGCCGAAAGAGAAAAGAGUUCGAUCAAGUAUAUACGUAGAUCGUAUAAAACUGCAAAUUAAUUUUAAUCCGAUUUUUUUUAAUUUCGGAUAUUCUUAAUUAAAUAUUUUAACAUUUAAAAAAAAGUAUUGCGAAAUACGAAUAAAUCACGAAUUAUCUGCGCAACUUGAGCGAGAAAUAAACCCGAAAAGCACUAUGAACGCAAAUCAGUUUUCGGAUAUGCUGACGGACAUUACGAAAAGAUUUGAAAAUGCAUUUGGCUUUCAAUCUGCACAAGAGCGAUACGAUCCAAAAACAGUUUUAAAAGUCGCAUUAAUCUGCGCGAAUGGCAAAACGGAGGAAUUGUUAAUAGACGUUUUGGAAAUGACAACACUGUACUUAAUGAGAGGACCGAAAAUUUCAAAAAUGACUGGCAAAAUGAAGGAAUCCGGUAAAGAACGCCUGGAAAUUCUGACACGGAAAUACAAGUUGAAAGAUUAUGCAAGUCCAGAGGAAAUCGCAACCGGGAAAGCCUUAUCGUUCAACAAGCUAAUCUCAGCGUUCCCUUAUCAGCUCUUAAUUCAAAUGAAGAUCACAAAGUUCGAGCGACCUCUGGGCGAAAGCGUCCUCAAUGAAGCCAAAGCCUCUGCUUUUCCCGACUUUCUGAAAACCUCAAUUUUCCUCAGCGUGAUUCCCUUUCCGCGUCAAUUUAGCCAGAAGAAAAUUUGGCCUCCGGGCGAAAAAGGGAUUAAAAAAUUCAAAACGGUCGUCCAUGGGGUUAUUGCGUAUGCCUAUCUCGAGUCUUUCGUACUGAACAAAUGGGGAAAGACCAACGUUGCACUGGACUCUACUAAAGUUUUGUCGAAUGUAAUCAGCGUGGCGCAGAAUAUCUUAAAUUCAGAUUUUAUAUCUCAGGACAUGCGUGAGAGCAAUUUUAUUUCCAUGUUUGAAAACGACAUCGAUAUUUGCUUCGAAGCGAUCGAGAACUUGAUCCGUCACACUGAUGAGAAGUACUCCGGUUUCCGAAACACUUUGGAGAAUCACUUUAAUUAUGACGUGAAGACGAUGGUUUUCGAGUGCAAGGCGAAAAAAUUCUGCCUUCACGUAAAGCGCUGAAUUUUUUCUUUACUUUUUUUUCAUGACUGCCGAAGUCAAGAGCUUUUUUUUUGAAAACCAAAGAGACGAUGAGAAGAGAAAGGUUGGCCAAAGUAUUGUAACCUAAGCAUUAUUGAAUCCCUGUUUUCCAUACAGGCAAUAUGUAGAUUUAAUUUUUUUACGUGAAAAAUAUACAUGCAUAUUUUAAAGAA